UUGUAUUUUUAUUUCUGUUUAAAAUAUUACAAUAAUAAGUAUUCUCUUGUAAGAAUGUAUAUAUUGUCUAAAAGUAAAACCCAACCUAGAUAUUGAAUAACAUGAACAUGAUUUUCCCUUAUCUAAAAAACUACCAUAAGCACGUACUCUACAUUAUCAACAGCGCACGAUUUGAAAAAAUGGUGCAGAAAUAAGAAGCAGUUGGCUGCUUCGCCCCGUUCUACUCUAUACUAGACUAUCCACUACAAUCAAAGGUGUUACUUUUUAUUUUCUUUAAAUAAUAACCUUCAUAUAUUACCAAUACCAUUUUCAUAGAGACAUCUUACGUUUUCGCAUAAAUUUUAUGACAUAACUUUCAUGACAUUGCGAACAAACGUUACGAAAAUAACGCCACGCACGCAUGACAUUUUUUACUUGUGUUUAUUUUCCUAAGGGCGGUCAUAAUUAUGGUUAUGAUCUGAUAAGGAAAGAAUAAUAUAUUAAUUAUUAAUAUGUAAUUAUAAUUAAUUACUUACAUUAAUGAAUUUAUUUGUCUAUUUACUUCAAUUGAAUUCAAUGUUUUUGACAUCAGAACCAUAAAAAAUUGUUUUGUUUAAUUGUCAACCAUGCCAAAGAAUAAAAAUAUUCUACAUUCAAGAGUAAUCCUUUUGUUUUAAGAGGAAAAAUUGAGAGGACAUUAAAAGAGAAAUUUUGCUUUAAAUAUGAGAUUACAUUUUUUAGUCUCCAUGGAAGAACAAGGAAAAGAAGUGACAAAAGCAGGGAGUGCUAAGGGAGUAUUCCAUAAUGUAGUAGAUGGUGUUACCUUAUUUUUCUGUCAAUUAGGGCGAAAAAUUCAGGAGAUCUAUCUUCUAAUAUCAUUUGGAAAAUGUGGCCAGAUCUUUGAAACAAAAAAGGUAGAAACAACAAUUAAAUUACCAAGCGGAGGACGAAUGCCAAUCUUAGGAUCUGGGACUUGGCAUCCCUUUUACCAAUUUAGUGAAAUGGACACGAUAGGUAGUUUGCAUGCAGCUUUAGAAGCGGGAUAUAGGCACUUUGACCUCUCUCCUGUUCAUUUGAACGAAACGGAAAUUGGAAUCGUUUUAAAAGAAUGGUUUAAUUCUGGAAAAAUUACAAGAGAUGAACUUUUCAUUGUUAGCAAAUUAUCACCCAUGGGAAAUAUUCCGCCCAAAGUAGAAAAAUAUCUGAAUAAAACACUGAAAGACUUGCAGUUGGAUUAUUUAGAUCUCUUUUUAAUUCAACUACCGGUGACAUUUAAAGAAGCGUUUUUAGAAUUCACUGAAGAACAUGAAAAAAUGGGAUUACUUCCCGCCCCUGACUUGUGGUUUCCGUGGAAUUUAAAAGGGGAGGUAGAGUUAAAUAUGAAUACUGACAACAAAGCCACGUGGAAAGAAAUGGAACAACUAGUUCACACAGGGAAAGUACGAGCUAUUGGCCUGUCAAAUUUCAAUAUUCCGCAAAUUGAGGAAAUUAUUCAAAUUGCACAAGUUCCCAUUUCCAAUCUUCAAAUCGAAAUGCAUGUUUACUUCCAGCAAAAGGAACUUCAUGACUUUUGCAAAUCAAAAGGAAUUCCUAUAACGGCACAUACUCCCCUUGGAUCAGCAGGAUACAUUAAAACAAUGCAAUAUAAAAAAAUUCAAAACUUUUACAAUCCAUUGUUAGAUCCAAGAAUUGAAGUGAUAGCGCUGAAACAUGGGAAAUCUACUGCACAAGUUUUACUUAGAUUUUUAAUCCAAAAAGGAGUGUCAGUAAUUCCAAAAAGUGUCGAUAAGAAAAGACUGCAAGAAAAUAUGGAUGUCUUUAAUUGGAAUCUUGAUAGUUCAGACAUGACGGACCUAGAAAGUUUUAAACGAGGAUCAGAGGCUCGAGUUGUAGAUUACACCGCUGUCUUUAAAGGCAUCGAUAAACAUCCAAAAUAUCCAUUCAAAGUAUAAUAAUAACUAUAAAUUUAAGCUCUCAAUUUUAGGAAUAAUAUUUUAAUGUACCUAUGUUUAAAAACAUUUAAUAUUAUCA